UUGGAUGAAAAUUAAUCUUGGGGAUUCCCCGGUUGGAGAGGGGAUUCCCACGUGAUGUCAUUUCUUCUAGCGGCUUCGAUGUUGACAAAUAUCCGUGAUGACAGACGAUAUAAUUGCCAGUCAUAUCUAUGAUGUCCUGUCUGCAAACAGGGAAAAGUUGACGGAGAGGGACAUUCAAAGGGAGAUAAAAAACAUCAAGCAGAAGGAUGACCAGCAGGUCCAUCACUGCUUGUUACUAUUGCGUGACCGGGGUUUAGUUUGUGUCAAGAAAAGUGGAGGAAUCGACCUUUGGUCACUGCCUUCUGAUGAUGAUGAUGCUCAGCCAAGUGUAGAAGAGAAAGGACAGAUUCUUGAAGACAGUGCAACUGGAGGUUAUAGUGGUGGAUGUAGAAGAAGCAGUUUAGAUUGCGAUGUUGACAGCAGAAAAUCAUCCUAUGUGGAUAGAUGCUCUCCCCUGUCAUCCAAUUGUAGUGGCAUGAACUCCUACAAUGAAGUCACAAAGUCUAAAAAUAGAUCAAGAGGAAGUAGCAGCUCCUCAACCUGUACCAGAACCACCCAACAAAGAGAGGCAGAAUCCGAGUCACCACAGCGUUUAGUGAAUCCAACUGGAGACCAUGGUGCUAGAUACAGCCAAGCCAAUAAUGGAGAGAAAAGUCCCAAGGGAAAGGCUUGUUAUGAAGAUAGACUAUUGCCAUCCAACCACAACCUCAGGGACUCCUCUGUUGAAACUAUGAAGUCUAUUAGCUCCAGAUCAAGUGAGAAUGCCCAGGCUUCCAAUCUUGCUCCAAAAAAAGAAAAUGCAACCACUGGUACUCUCACAAAAUCAUUUGUUGACAUGGGAAUUGAAAUUCCACCAGACACCAGAGUGGCUGUAUACACUGACCUGAAACCAGCAGCACUGGAGUCUUAUGAUAAUUUCCAAAAAAUUCUGGAAGUUUUACAAAAGGCAGGUGGUGCCCUCAAGCCAGCUGAAGUUGCAAAGAAGACUGGUAUAGGUGACUCGAAGAAAUGUGUUAACAGUCAGCUGUAUUUCCUGGAAAAAAAAGGAAUAGUGAAAAAGUCUGCUGAAGGUAGCCCAUCAUGGAGUUUGGUGGAGAAAUGUAUAACAGAGGAAAAGAUGUUAGAGGUUACUACAGAAUUCUACACAAGUAAGAACUCUGGUGCAAGUGCUUAUGUUGCUGUUACCCAAGGCUCUGCAGAUUCCAGACAGGGUAGUGGUCCUUCACCUGGUGACAGGGGCAAGAAUUCAAACAGUAGCCCCUCUGUCAAUAUCCAGGUAGAGAAUCAUUUUCAUAACCAUACCCACCAACACAACUACUAUAUGCAGGCUGGGAAUAACAACACAAUGCAUGUCCCAGAGUCAGAUGGAAUUUCACGAGUAGAAAAUGGAUAGGUAGAUUUCAGCAAACACAUAAUCAUGAUCCUGUUCACCUGUUAUAAUCAUACAAUACCUACAUGUUGAUUCUGUGAUGGAGGAAAAGGAAAAUUGUCAAGUCCAAAGAUUCUACCUUCACACUUCCUUGCCAGCCUUGUGGAAAUUCAUGCAGAAAGAUAAUACAGUUUCAAGCUUUGAAGUCUUUGAAAAGUAUAUAGAACUUUAAAACUACUUAUUUAGAAAUGCUGUCACUGGUUGACUUUUCACAAUAUUGAAAAUAAGAAUCAAAGUGAGCUUUAAAUGUCAUGAUUUAUAUGUUUAAAAAAAAAAUGUAGGUAAAAAAUACAUGCAGCAAAAAAAUUACCUAGAUGAAAAUUCCUGUCUGAACAUCAUUUUACAUAGUAGGAAGAAUUAGCUUUAUCUGACUGUUUCCCUUAAAAUUUACUGAUACAAACUGAAUUUUUUAGAAACUGUACACAAUUUUUACUUAACAAACAAAGGGAUAAUCUUCAGCUCACCAGCCAGAAGAGGAAGUGAGUUUAUGCCAUGGUGCGGCAUCUGUCCAGCAUCCGUUCAGCAUCAACAUUUCCAUUUAACAGCUUCUUCUCAGUAGCAAAGAGGCCAAGAGCCAUGCUAUUGGGCCAGUAGCAUGCUGAAAUGAAGGGCUACCAAUUCUGUUCAAAUGAAUGACCUUGACGUACUUUAAAGGUCACAAUGGUCACAAUUUUACAGAUUGGACCAGCAGCAUGUUGGUAUCAAGGACUAAUGAAUUGUUCAAAUGAAUGAUCUUGACCUACUUUAAGGUCAAAGGGAUCAAAUGUAUUGAAUAUUUUUCUUAUCUUAAUUAGCCCGAGGAAUUGUCUAAAGUUCACUUAGCCUACUACCAUAUUGAAAUGAGGGGGUAUUGAGCAUAGCAGCCACAUAGACAACUUUAAAGUAGCAUUAAUAUCAGGUGAGUGAUACAAGCCCACUGGGCCUCUUGUUGUUUAUGCACUGUUUUAGCACCCACCCAUGAUUAGAUAUCAUUUGAUAGAGAAAUAUGAAGGAAUACUACAUCUGAUGUUGUGUUCAACCUUUGAUUAUUGUGUAAUGAACAAGUGCGUACAUAACAUUACUUUUUUUUUUUUUUUUUUUUUUUUUACAUUACCUCUCUAUUGGAAAAAAAUGAAAAUACAAAUAACUGUAAAAUGCAAUUAUUUUUACAAACACAGUUUCCGUUUAAUUGACAGUGAUGUUUGGAUAGUUGAGUGUGUAUGGGUCACCAGUCUGACCACCUGGGUUUUCUCCAUGUUUUUACUCUGGUUUUCUCUGACAGUAAGACCGAUCAUACAUUUCCGGAAAUCCAUUCCAACAAAAGUGAAUGAUAUAAGGCCUAUAUAGAAAAAAAAUACAGCCUAAAAAAACGUUUUCCACUAAUAUGCCAAAAAAAA